UCAGUCGUUGGUGAUCAACGCGCGAGUUGAGUUGUGCGUCGUGGGGUUUUGUACAUCAAAACGCGUUCGGCACACAGUAACAGCAGCAGAUCUUCACCAAGCGCUUCCAUGAUCACGCCCGCGAGAAACGUCGAUUUGCCAGAGCGCUCAACCUUUCUUGGUGGCAAGGCACAUCGAGCAUUUAAGAAAAUGCCGAUCCUAUCCAAAUUAUCGCGCCGGCUUCAUAAUAAGUUGACGACGGACGCGAUACCGGAUCCACCGCGGACCGAGAGCCACGUGCCUAAUCUUUCAACGACCCCGGAUGAGGAAUUGACGAAAACGGAGUCGAACUCGAUGCCUGCCACGCCGCAAAAGGAGCAGGUCGUUGUCGAUGACACGUUGUCGACACAAAGGCAAAAAUCGGUGCCGAACGACGCGAGGCCAACGACAUCCACCGAUUUUAGCACAAAAUCAUCAGAAGACCUCGGCGACACGAGGUCGACGAGCGAAUCGAAGGAAUAUAAACGAUCAACGAAGACGAAGAAAUAUCCGAAAGGCACAAAUAUUGUCAUAACCAAUUCUAAUGGAGUGAACAUCACGAACGUCAAGAGUUACACAUGCCAAGUGAAUCAGUACUCGGCGAACAAUGAUGCGGCGCAGUCUGAGACAGCUUCGAAGACCAAGUUACGGCCGAUGCCCGAGGAUGUGCAGGAGUUAAGUACGUGCAAAGACGAACUCGGGUUGGACGAUAUGCUUAUUAUUAAGAUACACGUUGGGCACGGAUGGCGGGAUAUCGCGAGGAAACUCUUGUACUUGGACGGGCAGAUCGAUCAAUUCGAGGAGAAUUUCAGGCAUAUUGGUGUCGAUGAGAUAAUCUAUCAGCUACUGCUUGAUUGGAAGCAAGCCAACACACGGGAUGCUCAACUCGGCACGUUAGUUAGCAUACUGUGGGAUUGCCAGGAGUACGACUGCGUUGAGCAAUUAGCUGAAGCUCGUAAGAACUCAUCUUAGGCGCGGCACGUAAAAAUCUCUAUUUAACAUUUGUACAUACGUUUAUGUGAGCGAUUGUGAUUUUUUGAAUUCGAGAUAGCAUUGUUUUUAUAUAUAUUUUAGUAUAUUUUAGCGCAUAGUUUAUAGACACACGGUAUAGAACGGUGCGCACCGUUCCGAUUGCGAAGGUCGUUUACAUUCGUCUAACAUGUCGGAAUCGGUCGAAAGAAUAUUGUUGACUGGACUAAUUCGCAUUCAGCGUUCAAUUUGGCAUUGUACGGAAUCGCAACGAGCCUGCGUUUCAAGCAGGCACAUGAUCUGGUUAAUAAUAAUAAUAAUAAUACGAGGACAUUAUAAACGAAUCUAGCGUCGCUUUGCGCGAUACACACAUUUACACAUAAUAUUACAAUGUGUAUUGUGAGUAUGUGUAUAUAUAAAUAUACAUUUUUUUAUAUUUAUCUCUAAUCCAUUUUGUAAAAUCUAGCAGGAAUAAACAUGUAAUUCUCCAAAUAGUAUGUAUUUCAUUGAGUCAUACAAAUCCAUAUACAUUCAAGACAUACGCAUUUACACAUUUGAAUCUAGCGUUAUCUAAAACCGAAGUGUAUGCAUGUGCAUACAACCGAGUCCUGUAAUAAAUAUAUUUUCUUUUCACUAUUUAAAUUAAUGCACUUGUA